AUUAAUUAUUAUAAGUUCAAAUGACUUUAAAAAAACUACCUUUAGAUCUUCAAUCAAAGUUCCACGCUUCUACUCAGAUAAGAAGUUUUAAAACAGCUGUGGAAGAAUUGGUAUAUAAUGCACUUGAUGCUAGAUCAUCAUCCAUUGCUAUAAGAGUUGAUAUUAAAGAAAAUUACAUACAAGUGGUUGAUAAUGGACAUGGAGUGGCAAAAGAUGAUUUUAAGAUACUUGGAGAAAGAUAUACUACAAGUAAAUAUGAAAAACCUAAUGCAUCUGAAUCUGUUCAAAUGUAUGGUCGAUAUGGGCAAUCACUGGCAAAUCUAAUAGAAAUUACACAAAGUGUUAAAAUAACUUCAAAACAUUUGAAUAAUUCAGAAACUUGGAUGAAGCAUUUUUGUAAUGGUAAAGAAAAAGCUUGCACUAUCGUGACUGAAAGACCUUCAGUGGGAACUACAGUAGAAAUAAAGGGAUUUCUUUACAAUCUUACUAUUCAGAAAAAAACAGUGAAAGCAUUGCAAGAACUUCAAAGCAUUAAAACUUUUUUAGAACAGAUAGCUCUAAUACAUUGUAAUACUUCUAUUAGCUUAAUAGAUAACUCUUUGAGUGAAAUUGUUGUACAAAUUCCCAAGAACAGAGAUAUUGUCAAGACUUUUGCAUCAGUUUUAAACAUUUGUACGAACAAUCUGCAAGAAUUUCAAGUAGAGAAGAAUGAGUACAAAGUUACUGGGUUUAUGCAAAUCAAUAUUGAAGAAGCAAAAGGUUAUCAAUGGAUAUAUGUAAACGGAAGGAUCAUUGACAACUCAAAUUUGCAUAGAAUAAUUACUGAAAACCUAUCGAAAAGUGCUCAUAUACGAAGAAACAUUAAAAUUAAGAGUUACAACAAUGAAGAUGAAAAACCUUUUACCAAAAAUAAGCUUCCAGACUAUUUUAUAUUUAUCAGAUGUCCAAAAGAUGAUUAUGACGUUAUAUCUAAUUAUAAACAAUCAAGUCUAGAAUUCAAAAAUGUGGUUUACAUAAAAAAACUGUUAGAUAAACUCGUAAAAUUUUACAUGGGUGAUUUUACUUUUGUGAAAGUGACAGCAACUAAUAAAGAACCAAUUAAUACACUACAAAAUAAAAAGGCACAUGAAAUGGAUACAAGGAAUAAAAUCAAGAAAAUUUUGCAACGAAUAUUAGGCUCUCAGCGGAAGAAAAUGAAUGGAUCUAAUUUACACAAUGGUGUAAAAGGUAAAGUAAUGAAACGGAAAGUUAAGAAAGAGCGUCAUCCUCUGACCAAAGGCAAAUUAAAGUUUAAAGAUGCUAAGGACCAAAAAAAUAUAUGCGAAACAAAUGAUUUAUGCACACCUACAAAUAAACACUUCAUUAAUAAUGAAGCUGUUACACCCUGCCUGUUGUCAAGGAGCAAACCCAUGACAAAUAAAAACAAAGGAAAUUCAAUCCACCAACAAAAAUACCGUAAGGACGAAAAACGGCCAAAUGGAACAAAAAACAUCCCAAAGAAAUCAAAUAACCAUAUCAAUAACGAAUCAGGUGAGUGCUUUUUAGAACCAACGAGUAAGCCCUUAACAAAGAAAAAAAUUGCAAAUGUAAACCAUCUACCAAAACAAAUCAAAGAAGCCCAUUCGGUCCCAACAAAAAUGAUUCCAGGAAAAGUAUAUAACCGUAGAGACUCGGUUUUAUCCAAAUUUGAAAAAGAAACUGAUGAAGUAAAAAUUAGGUGUAAUCGCUUAGCAAAACGGAUUGAUAACUUGCUCAAAGUUAAGAAAAGAAGACGAUGCAAAAUAUUUACCCUUGAAACAGUACAUUAUAGCAAUAUUAUUAAAAAUAACAGAAGUAUCUCUGUGCGCAAAAAAAUAAAUGAAAUAAUAUUCCACGAAUAUGUACCUUUAGCGCAACGAAAUAUUGCAAAAAAUAAUGAGAAUACAAUCGUUAAGGAUAUUAAGAGGUCUAAUGACCUUAUGCGCCCUAUUACGAAUAUAAUUAAUCAUGAGAAUGUUGAAGCUAAUUUAAACCGCGCUAAGAUAGUUCAGCCGCAGACAAAGUAUUUUCACUUUAUUGAAACACACUCAGAUAUUCCGGGGCCAACAUAUGAAAGCCAUGGCUACCUGAAAGAUACACAUAUACAACAACCGCAAUGUGACUUACUCGAAAAAAAUACAAAGAAUCAAUUUAUUAGCAAAACAUCACGAGAUAAUUUGGCAUCACCAAUUACUGAGAAAAAAGUGGUUAAGAAACAAAAAGUAACAAAAGAGCUAAUACAUAACAAAAAAGUAACCAAUCUAGAACUCGCAGAUGAGGAACGAACGCCGAAAACAUCAUAUUCUAUACACUUCACUAAAUCUGAUUCACAAAUAUGUCAAGCACAUGAAUCAGCAUUAAACGCAUCACAUGUUACAACAGUCAAUAAUAAUGAUAAAAUUAGUAUUGGGAGUACUUAUACUAUUGCACACAUAAACACUACUAGGAGUACUAGCGUUAAAAAACUUCUAUCUCAAACGUGUACCUAUGGGACAACUAAUCUUUCUCCCUUAUCUCCCAUUAUAAAUACACAUGAUACUGCCGCUAAUGAUGAAAGAUUUGACCACAACGUUGUAUUUAUUUCUAAUUCCCAGUUAGUUAACACUGGAACACGUCUUAUUGAACCAAUUGAGCCAAUCAGAAUGUGUGAGGCUGUUAUAGGCACCUAUGAUGAUACACAAAACCAUGAAGAAAUUAUAGAAAAUACUUUUAUGUUCCAUUCUACCAAUGCUAUUAUUGGAGGUAAUACUGAAAUUCAAACAGGAGAGAUGUUCGAAUCCGAAAAAGAAUUAAGACGCAAUUUCACUAUAAAUGAAGAUAGUAUUGAUGAAUGUUUAAAUAUUAUUUCGAACAAUAAUAUCACUCGUGAGCUUGAUGAUGUAAACUAUGAGCCUAAUAACUUUAAUUUGAAGAACAGACGCCGAUACAUUCCCAAAGGAAUGUCACCGAUAUUAGAGCUUUGCAACUUGAAAAAUGUUUAUAACUAUGAAUUAAAUGCAGAUUAUUUCAAAACAACAGUUUAUAAUAAUUUUGCAAGAAAUGUUCAGAUACAUUCAGAAAUCUUUGAACCAAAAAUUCAAAACUUAAGAAAAGCUGCUACAAGAGAUAUUCAAAGAGUAGAUAUCAAAUUGCAUAAAGACAAUGCUUGCCUUACAUUUAAUGCAGAAUCUUUACAAAACGCUAAGGUUCUGGGUCAAGUUGAUAGAAAGUUUAUUGUUACAAUUUUGAAUGGCAAUUCUAAUGAUGCACAUAGUUUUUUGGUCCUAUUCGACCAGCAUGCAGUGCAUGAAAGAAUAAGACUGGAGCAAAACAUGACAGAUUAUAUAUCCCAAGAUCAAUGGAAAAGCAUUUCAGUAGACGGCUUUUCGUUAAAGCUGUGCAGGGACGAAAUACUUUUUUUGCACAAUUACCGGGACAAGUUCGAAAGGCUGGGCCUUCAGUGGUCCAUCGCUAGUGAUAAUCAAGUGCUGGUCAACGCGAUACCUGAAGCCAUACUUGGCAAGCACCCAAGGCAGGUCGAUGUUGUGUUAAAGGCAGUCCACAGCCUAAUCAAUGAAGAAAUCAGCAUAAUUAAGGAACAAGGCGGUUGUGUUUCCUUGUAUCCAAAAUCUAUAAUGGAUUUGGUUUUUAGUGAGGCUUGCAGAUACGCGAUAAUGUUUGGAACUGCGCUACCCGUGCGUGAGUGCUCUACACUGAUCGAGGCGCUGUCGCACUGCCGGACUCCUUUCAUAUGCGCGCACGGGCGCCCUGCCUUAGCCGUCCUUGUUGAUGUCGCGCAGGAGUCGCGUCCCUACACGGUAUUUCAUACAAUUUACUAUUAAUUAAUCAUGUAUCUGCAUUUAUGAA